CUCCGGCGCUCCCCAUGGGCUCGGAAAACGGAAUCGGAACGAGCCACGGAUCGUAACGGAAUUCAACAAGGAGGUUAAGAUCUAACGUUCAAAUUGAAUUUUUCUCGAAGAAUCUAUGAAGAUACGUAUUGAAACGCAAAACUAAAACAGCGCGAGAUGAAUCCUCUAUUGCGCACUAUCCGAGCGUGCGUUCGCUCCGCGAAAUACGCCAGGUACAGUACCUUACCAUCGGAAGCGGUGAUAUUUACGGAGGACGAUCGUAUUGUUGUUUGCUGGCAUCCAGAGAAACCAUUCCCAUACGAGUGUUCUCUACCUCUGCCCGAGGAGAAGCCUGAUACAUCCGUGCUAUGUAUCGGGGACAAGGACGUCGCGGACGUUUUCAGGAAAAAGAAGCCGUACCAGGUUGUAGAGGAACUGGCAAAGAUCACGUACACCACCAAGCAUAGAUGGUAUCCCAGGAGUAGAGACAAAAAAGCAAAAGACACAGAACCUGAUAGACCAUACUUGUAAUAUUCAAGAGGAAUUCAAAAGAUUUCUUGGCAAAAAAAUGCUGGUUUAAUUUACUUUACACAUAUAGUUAUAUUUUAUGAAACAUAUUAAUAAAUGUACAAAAUUGUUAUAUUUGACUGUAUAAAUUAAUUGCUUAUGUACUUAGUGUGUCCAUUUCUCUUAAGAAUUUGAGUACCAUAAUUCUACAUUCAUAUGUUACUAAUUAAAAAAAUAUAAGAUCAAUAAUUUAUUAGUCA